AUGCUAAGCCAAACACCUUUGCUGGACCAUAUCGUCAUCCUGGUUUCCCAUAAAGAUCUCCUCGAGAUCUCGAAAUUCCUCGAUGGCCAAUUUACACUAGCACCAGGGGGGACUCAUGCCGAUGGACUCACAGCCAAUAAGCUAAUCCUCUUGCCUGACGGAGUCUAUCUUGAACUGAUUGCUUUCUUCGAUGACGUGGAUCCAGAGCGACGCCGUCAACAUCGCUGGGGCAAGGCAAAGGAAAACACCAUCAUCGAUUGGGCUUUUACCUUGCCCUCAGAGGAUGACUUUCCCGCUGUGCAGAAAAGGCUCCAGCAGGCUGGAUUCGGUGGCUCAUAUACUGACCCUAUCCCCGGCGGUCGUACAAAGCCAGAUGGGACCAUCUUGAAAUGGGCAGUGAGCACUCCCCGGGAUUCUCAAGGAAAUCCAGCACAGCCCGGUUCCUUGCCUUUCUGGUGCUUUGACCGGACCCCUAGGGAGAAGCGUGUUCCAUACGAAGCAGAGAAAAAACCUCACUCGGCACCCGAAUGGGCGAAGGUUGUUUAUGACGCAAUCUUGGGUGGGAAUUGGAAUUAUGGUGUACCCUCUGGCUCUAACAACGCAAGACAUGAUAUUUCUCUGUCCAGCGGCGACACUACUGUCAGGCUCGUUUUCAAUGGGUCGAAACCUGGAAAGGGCGAACUUCUGCCAGGCAUCUCUUUUGAGAUCGAGGGUCUAUCAUAG